AUGGUCCCUGCGUCACGGCAUAUAUUUUUGGUGUGUACAGAACCAGCUGCCAGGCCCAAGUUAUGGGGAUCCAGCCGCCUGUCCGUGUCGUUUAGCGUUUUCCUGGCCGCCGUCCAGACGGCUAUGCUCAGGGACAACCUUGGAAUGGCGUUGGUAUGCAUGUCCCGGCCAACGGGGAAUUUGACGUGCGACGUGAACGAUGCCACCGUGCCGACGUCGCUCUGGUUCCCGUACAAACACAAUUGCGAGUUCGACUGGGACUCGAAGACGCGGGGUCGUAUUCUAGGCGCAUUCCUGUACGGUUACAUAUUGACGACAAUGGUGGGCGGCUACGUAGCGAAUAACUACGGCGCAAAAGUUCCGUUCAUAGGUGGUGGCAUCGGAAACAUUGUCUUCCAUUUGAUGUGCCCGAUGGCGGCUAUGGUGCACACGGAGUUGUUUUUCGCGUGCCGUUUUCUCCAAGGGAUGUUCACGGGCUUAACGAUGGGUCCGUAUUUCCAACUAUUCAGCUCGUGGGCUACUGAAGAGGAGGCUUCGACUCUGCUUAGCUUCGGCUUCAGCGGUUUUUCUUUUGGCACUAUUUUGAGUUAUCCAUUGAGUGGCCAACUUUGUACUUUAAAUAUAAACGGUUUUGGAGGGUGGCCUUUGAUAUUUUACGUACCAGCUUUGAUAUCCAUUCUGUUCGUUAUUUAUUGGUACAAUUAUUUGUACAAUGAACCCGAAAGUCAUCCAAAUAUAUCUUAUCCAGAAUAUCUUUACUUGUUAGAGAACGUCGAUAUAUCUGAUGAGCCUUCAGCGGUACCGUGGAUGUCCAUAUUUACAUCGAUGCCACUAAUCGCGUACGUAAUAUAUUUCUCAACAUUUUUGUGGAACCUUUUCACCGUGAUGAACAAUAUUCCACUGUUUUUGCAAACCAUGUUGGACAUUAAAUCUAAAGAGUGUGGAUAUUUGUUUAGUAUACCGUUUACAAUAUCAUUUAUAACUCGGAUUUUCAACGGGAAAACAUAUCCAAUGGUUAAAAACUAUUCAGGAUUAUCGAACACUACAUGUAGAAAACUGUACUGUAUCUUUGGAAGUCUGAUGGUCAUUAUGUCAUUUUUGACUAUUAUUUAUGUUCAAGAUGUUACUAAGUGGCAUGUUAUUGCUGUUAUAACAGCUAACCUGGCUUUGGGUGAUUUUGCUUAUACUGGAGGAUUCUUUCCAACAUUACUUGACAUUGCCCCCAACUAUGCUGGUUUAUUGUCCGGUAUUACUACAUUUAUUGCGUUUUCAGCUGCCUGUCCAGCAACAUUUAUUAACAGCAUUAUUAUUCAAGAGAAUACCAAGGAAGAAUGGAAUUUAGUGUUGUGGAUUAUUGUAUCCAUGUCCACAUUUGCUUUGGUAUUUUAUUUAAUAUUUGGAUCAGCAUCCUUGCAACAAUGGUCUGUUAGAGAACAAGAAACUCCCGAAGGAGGCAUUUCACAUUCAACGUCGCUAUUGACUCAAUCAUAUAGACAAUCUAGAAAUUUGUCAUUGUUACAUACAUCAAAUAUUUACUAA